UUUUGUUUAUUAUUAGAUAUUAACUUGUCUUCCGUACCUGCAGUGUUCCCGUCGACCACUUGACCGUGUUAUUCCUUGCGUAUAUUUGCUUCUCGUCUCGUACUUAUUCCCUAUUUGUCUAGCUUGUGGCAAUUCCCCAUUUGUUUUCCUCUCCUUUGUUCUCCUCCUUCGCCUCUCCUCCUCUUCCUUUCCUCACUGUGUCUCCGUCUUGUUUCCCCCGUCAUCCUUCCCCUCGCCCUGUCCCUCCCCCUCCCUUUCCCCGAGGCUACACACGCCACCACCGGCGCUCCCACAGCGUCCUCAGUUGCCUGGCUCACCUCUCCUUCGCCGCUUCCUCCGACCACCCCUCUCCUCCGCCGCCGUCACAGCGUUUUAUCUUCGAGUCCGCCCGAUCUCUGCGGACUCUGACACGUUCCCUUCUCGGUUCUUGUCGCCCUGAGCUUCGGUGAGCUCUGCACGAACCAUGAGAGCUCAUCGGCGGGUGGAUGCUUAAUACUGGCUCUCCCCCUAGCUCUCCCCGGCGCCAGCUGUGGCCCUCUGAAGCCUGUACAGCUGGAGAGGCCACGGAUCUUGCUGUCGCCUGGAACUGCCAGUCGUCCUCUUCCCCAGCGCCGCCCUCGCCCUCGUCAGCAGAGGAGGCCCGCUUUGUCGUCAGGCCUCAGGAGUCGACCCAUGGUUUGACGGGCGUGAAGGUCGUGGGACUGAGAGGACCUUUCAACAGCCGCUCGGGAGUCGCGGGGGAACGACGGCGCCCUCGGAGCUCAGUCGUGGAGACCGCCUAUGGUUGCCUCUGCGGAGGGGGCAGUAGGCGAGGUGGUGUCGGCUGCGGGUUGGUGGAGCGAGAGACUGAUCGUGCCCGCGCUUUACCUGUGCGUGCUCGUGUGCGUCGUUGUGUACACGGAGACGGUGAAGAUGGCCAUGGUGCCCAUCACCAUAUUCCUGAUCGUGCUCUCCCUCCUCCUCUUUUUCUUUAUCCUGUUUUGCGUGUGCUUCGUCGUGUUCCUCUGAUGCUGGGAGAACGGCGGCGGCGUUUCCCGGCGCCCCGUUCGGUAUCCAAAAGAGGGAAACUACGGCUCCAGGUCCGUUCACAUAGACCUGCGCGAGUACCCGAGCAGCGGGAGGCCCUUGUAGCGGCCGCUCGCUGUCGCCUCGGGUACUCGCCAGGCUCCUUACGUGCCAGAGUAAUCACCGAAUAUUUGCUCAGUAUUUUCUGUCGCUGGAUAACUAAUUGGCAACCCUUACGAGCGACGACCUUAGCUGUCUGCUCUUUCCUCUCUGCGAAAGGACAUUCCAGUCUUUUUCCCCCGCAAACUGUAACUUAUAAAACACGGAGUCUUGUUUCCGCAGACUUCUUCCCCUGUCCUUUCCUUUCUUUCUUGACCUCAAAACAAUAACGAAUAACUUUAAGGCUGUCUUGCAAGGGGACGAGUGUGAAUAAGAGCUGCUCUUUGUGGCCCACGUCUCAUUCCCUGCAAAAGCAUUUUUCAUCAUCAUUCAUUAUUUUCAUAAAUUCAGGCGAGGCUAUUCUGAAAGAGCAUUCGUUCGCGUGUCCUGAGAGAUUACUUACUACACGCCACAUGCCACAUCCCUACAUGCCUCGCGAGACAACAUGCCCGUCUCUCUUUAUGUGGUCCGCGAGAUCAUAGUAUGUGUGUUCAUCUCUCUGCAUGUUCUGUGUGAUCUGGCCAUUGUGUAUGCAAGCUAAAGGGGCGUGUUCUUGUCGUAUGUGUUGUUGCGUGCCCAGCGUGACGCGCAUGUGAUUCUCCUCUUCCGUGCCCUGUAACUUUACCUUCCCCCUCUCCCCCCCCCCCUUCUUCUUCUGAUUCAAAGGCCGUCGUGAUCUCAAAAGCUUCCCUUUAAUUCCUAUUUUCCUUACCCUCUUCUUUGUCCUUGCCAAUUGUAAUGAAAAAAAAAGCGAAAACGGUGCUGAGGUUCCACUCUUGCUGCAAUGUAAGGCUUCCCCUCCCUCUCCCUCCACUCCCGGUGUCCCCUCCCUCUCUCCCCUCUCCGCCAUCCCCUCCCUCUCUCCGCUGUCCCUUCCCUCUCUUCCCACUCCGGCGUC